AACACUUUCAAAUGUCUUUUAGAGGCUUUAUAAAGCAAAGAUACACAAUCGAUCGGUAUACACAACAUAUAGGAAUCUGUUAAAUAACUCAUUAGAAUCCUUCAUUAUCCGUAGGAGUACGAGUAUUUCUAAAGAAGCUCAAGCCGGGGACGUGAAAACUUUUAUGCCGGUACUCUCCUUCUUGAUCAAAGUGAUCAAGAGCUGUAUCCCUCCUUCUGGGACUAAGAUUUAAAAGCAUAUGAUGUGGGUCAAAUCUAGAGCUUCAAAGAACAGAAAAGAUGGGAAGGAAUUCAGGGAUGCCUGUAAAAGCUUGAAUGUCAACGAGGAGUAUCUUAGCGCGUUAAGAACCCAAUCCUAUGCUGAUUUUUUCACCAAAGCUCAAUCACUUGUAAACGAGCCAUCUUUUCCAUCUUACUGCCAUAGAAAAUUUUCUGAAAUUCUCCUGGAACCGGGUCAGGAUUCUAUACCUGCAAUUCUCGAAUCAGCUUUUCUUUCAAAAGUACCUGAACUCAAAGGCCUCAUGCUCAAUUACUUUGACCUGAGUGCCGAGGCUUCAAAUGUUUGUAGCUACCUCGUCAAAAAUAUAAACCAGAUCCAAUCUAGUUACCAGUUCAUUCAAAGAGUGCUGAAUAGUAUCGAUGAUUACUCGCCUGAUAAAUUGAAAUUGAUUGUCUCCGAGCUGAACUCAUUCAUUGUCCAAAGCAAUCCUUUUUCCACUCCUAACAAGCAUGACUUCAAGUUAAUUAACGACAGGUACUCUUCAGUUCUAAACCACCUAAAAUCCAAAAGAAAAAAGGUGGCUAGGAAGAUGAAGUUCAUUGCAUAUAUCCAUAAGGCUUCAGGAAUUUGCAUAACAGCAGCCUGUGGCUUAAUUGCAAUUUCAGCUAUUGUUCUAGCAGCACAUACUCUUACUGUCGUAGUUAUGGGUCCAGCCAUUUUGAGCUUCCCACUAAAGCGCUUCAAGAAAAAGCUUUUGAGCUUUAAGUUUCUGAGAAGUGGAUUCCUAAGGAAAGUCGGGCAGCAACUUGAUGUGGCAGCCAAGGCAACUUACAUAUUGAAUAGGGAUUUUGACACGAUGAGUAGACUUGUUGCUAGGCUUCACGAUGAAGUUGAACACGACAAGGCAAUGAUACAGUUCUGUUUGGAGAGGAAAGAGGAUAGAUUUUCCUUUCAAGUGAUAAAGGAGCUUAAGAAGAGUGAUUCUGGGUUCAGGAAGCAGGUAGAGGAGCUUGAAGAGCACGUGUAUCUCUGCCUGCUAACGAUUAAUCGAGCAAGAGCAUUAGUGAUUAAGGAAAUGACAGCAUCUAGCAUUGAACAUUUCAGUUACUAGAACAAUACUUAAUUUGUACAGGGUAUAUACGUGUCAUUUAUUUAUUUUUACAUUAAUUAUAUGUGAUGCUCUUCCUAUUA